GGUUGCUAGGUUACCCGGCUUUGGGCACCGCAUCUUCAAACUGCGCACUCGGCACAGGUCGUCCCACCUCAGCUCGAGGCCCUUCUUUCUGCCAUUGCAAUAAUGAGCUCGUUGGCGGUCAAGAUCCUUGAUAAAAAUACCCUCCGAAACUGGCUGCUGGCUGAGCCGCGUUCGAAAUCUCUUGCCAUUAUCGAUGUGCGUGACGAUGACCAUAUUGGUGGUCAUAUCGUAGGCUCCCGUCAUCAUCCUUCGUCUUCGUUUGGUCAGAAUCUUCCGUAUCUACAUGAGGAGCUUCGGCCGUUCUCGACAGUGGUCUUUCAUUGCGCAUUAUCGCAGCAGCGAGGUCCAUCUGCAGCAAAUAUGUACGCAAGAUAUGCUGAGAUGAUCGGUUCGGCACCUACCACUCAAAGUGUAUACGUUUUACGCGGAGGAUUUACUGAGUGGCAGCAAGAAUUUGGGAGCGAUGGAAGACUCACAGAAGCUUACGAUGAAAAGCUAUGGAAGCUCAUGUGCUGACGACAUGUCUGAGUAUUACAUUAGGACUCAGCGUGUAUCCAGAUGCUAACUUCGAUUCUGCUGUAUCCGCGAUUACUGAACUGUGAUUUGCUGUCCUGUUGUCGGUAGGGAAGAUGCAUCUGCUGACUGCCGUCCGGUUUUGCAUAUCUGGGACAUGAUCCUAUGCGGUAUGGUGAAGUUCUUUAGAUGAUAUCAGCAAGACCAUAGGUAGAUUCUACUUCUUAUGUUGGCACUUUUGCAGAGAUCAAGAACAAUAGCGGAGAAGAUGAAUGAAAUAGUUAUCCGAAAAUUAAAAUACAAUGUGUUGCCAAUCGGCAUAUUAUAACUAAUAAAAGAACAAUGACUUUAUCGAGCCAGCAGUGA